AAACUUCCUCUUUUGGAACUUAUUAGUUUAUAUAAUCGAUAAAUUUGAGAGAAGUUCCAGUGCAGUGAGGCGGUGGAUUGUUAUCCAUAUUGAGAAAUCGAUUCGUGAGAUGUUUCAAGAGUCGUUCAAGUAUUAUAAAGCGCGGAACCCUCCGCCGAGUUUCGACAACGUUAUAGAUUUGUGCCGAAGGGAUGUUUCGAAUGGACUAGAUCGCCGGUUGAAGAAUGUAGCAACCAACAUUACCAGCGACAGCCCCCAUUCCGGUUUAAUCCCCAGCAAAGAAUGGCAGGUAUACGAACUGGUCGACCGACCGGGGCUUCUCAUCGUUGCAAAUCCGUUCACCAAACCUGUCCACCGCUACUGGAUGGCACGAUGCCUCCUGGACUACCCCAAACAUCCGAAUCGAACCAAUCUCCCCAGCACAGUAAUCGAAAAGUAUUCCACAUACUCCGGCACCUCCGGUGAUCAACGGGAACACUUCGAUUGGUGGGCCGUAGCGCAAUCGAUCGAAGAUCCUCAGCAACGGACAAAGGUCUGGAAAGCUCUCCGCUGGACCACCCUGGGCUACCAUUACGAUUGGACCAAUAAAAUCUACGACGAGGCAGCUCGGAAUGAAUUCCCUCCGGAUCUUACCGAACUUUGUGGACAUUUUGCCGAUGUGCUUGGUUUCCGCGGUUUCCAUCCGGAAGCGGCCAUUGUCAAUUACUACCCCACGGGAAGCACCCUCGCCGGUCAUACAGAUCAUUCGGAGCAAAAUCUCCAAGCGCCUCUAUUUUCAUUCAGCUUCGGUCAGCCGGCAGUCUUCCUGAUUGGCGGUCCCAGUCGGGACGAGCAACCGGACGCGCUACUGCUACGCAGUGGAGACGUUAUCGUUAUGACCCGGGCCAGUCGUUUGUGCUAUCAUGCGGUGCCGAAAGUUUUCUCCUGUUCCGAAUCUGGCCGGCAACGAUGGGAGCCGGAAAUUGAGAACGAACCGGAGCCCCCGGUUCCACCCACCGGUGCUUACAGCACCGCCAUUUGGAACAAUUGCCAUCACCAUCAGCAGUACUGGAGCAGUAACGGCUUCGCUGAUUACAUUAGUAAUAGUCGAAUCAACAUCAAUAUUAGACAAGUUCUAAAUGAGGGGGAAAAUCAUUUGUAAACGAUAGGAGCAACCCGGACCCAGGAAUCCCUUCCGGUUUUUUGUGUGGUGGUAUUAAAUUUUUAAAUUUCCGGCUGUUGAAACGAAA